ACGCAACACAGAGGGACUUGGCUGCUUGAGUGGCGAUAAUGGAGCCGAGCUGCCGGUAACUGUCUCGCGGUGACACGCAGAUAACUGCCGGAGGAGAAACGCGUCCAGGUUGUCAAAUAUAUCACUGGAGGAUCUGCACAAAUUGGACUCAACAUUUAAUGAACGUGUCUUCCGGGGUUUUCAGUGGAUUAUUGUCGCCAGCGUUAGCUAGCAGCUAACCGAACCGACGUCAACUGGGGACACGUUUGCAGACAGCUAUGGGUGGUCUGGGAAACGGUCGUCGUUGGGGAAGGACACCCCCUCUCAUGAUUGGCGCUCUGAUUGCCUGUAUCCUGGUUCUGGGCUUCAACUACUGGGUGUCAAGCUCCCGCAACCUGGAGCUACAGACUAAGAUGUAUGAGUUGGAAGGCCAGGUGCGGCGUGGCGCGGCAGAGCGAGGAGUAGCUGAGAUAAAGAAGAAUGAGUUCCAGGAAGAGAUCCACAGACAGAAGGAGCAGAUCAGCCAUAUAGAAAGCCUCUAUAAGAGACAGCUGGAAGGAUCUCAGAACACCUGCAGCCAAGAGAAGGGCACACUGCAGCAGAACAUUUCCUCCAGUACCAAAACCAUACAGGACCUCAAAGGUCAGUCCAAUCAGCUAAAUGAUGACCUGAGAAAGCUUCAGAAGGAUCUACAGAGUUGCCAGAGCAACAUCAAAACCCUCAACAACAAACUCACUUAUGAUAUGACACACUGUCAGUCCCAGGUCCUGUCCCAGAAGGAGUUGUGUGAUGAGAGAAUGGCCGCUGCUAAACUUGAAGUUCAAAAGAAAAUGGACAAGCUCAUCUCUCCCUCAGGGGUCUCCCCACAGCAGGAAAACACUGUGGAUGGACCAGCGAACGAGGGCGGACCAGUCAUGACGGAGGUUGAUGCGGUUAAGACGGUAACUGUUGUAAGCCACACACCGAGCCUCUCUCAGCCCAAAGAAAACGAUCCACCUGAACUACUGACCAAUGAGAUCAUCAUCGACCAAGAUGCCCCAGGGGACCUGCCUUCACAGAAGGACCUCUCCAAAGCAGAGUCCCAGACUGCUCCGGCAGCUGCCAACGUCAAACAGGACAUUUUGCUACCACCAGAGGAAGCUGUCGAAACAGAGGAGGGCGAGGCAGAGACCAUCGAACAUUUGAAGAAUAACCUGACUGAGAACAAUGAGGUGGAGUUGAUGGAUGCUCAUGAGGACGGCGCUCAGACAGAAGAGGCAGACCCUGGGAUGGAAGGCAUGCUGAUUGGCCGGGCGAAGGCAGAUGAGACUCCUAUUGGUCAGAAACUUAAUGAGCCAGAAGAUUAUGAUGCAAACAUGCAAGUCGUGGGUGUAAUUGAUUUGGAGAGAUCAAGGCAGAGAAAUCAUGCUGAAAAUAUAGACAAGGAUAUGGAGGAUGAGCUGGCUGACUAUAACGGCGACGAUGAGAACGAAGGCGAGUUUGAAGCAGACAAACAAGCUGAGCUUGUUCAAAUCUAAGAGCUGCACAAGGAACAUGCACCCCACAUGCGGAGGCAGGACCCCUCACACACCUCAGCACAACGUCAGCAGAAAGGUUCACGCAGCCCCCCCACACACACACACACACACACAGUGAACACAAAACUAACCCGGAUGGUAAUCUCCAGAAGAAAGACUUUCUAAAGCAUUUUCCUCCUAAGAAUCAUCUUAAUUGAUUUCUGUGCAUUUUAUUUGAUAACAUGUUUUCUGUAUUAGAGGAAGAAUAUUUACUAUUCCAUGUUCAACUCACAAUAUUGUCAAAGAGCCACAAAAAAAGACUGAAAUAUGCAAAUGUCAACCAAGUAUUAACACUCAUGGUGUCGAUUCACAUGCAUUUGACGAUAUGCCUAAACCCCCACGGCGCUUUUAUGGUGGAGACUGUGCUCGCAUUCAUUUGAGUGUUUCGGUGGUAAAGAAGUACUCUGUACUUCUAAGGACCAUCACCGACUUGGUUCUAGCGUUCCUUAAACAUCUGUUAGCUUUCAAAAAUGAACACGUCAGAAUCCCUGGAAAUCAGUUGAUUUGGAUUCUCCGAUGUGUUGUUUAUGUUCACGUCGUAUCUUAAAUGAUCAAAUAUAAGUGAGCAUAAUGUGCACACCCUCUUCGGGUUAUGAGGAGUGAAUUACUGUCGUAGGUGCAAACCGUCUCGGAUCCCAAUGACAGAACUCUGCAGUACGGGCUCGACUGUAUCCUAAAGUCCAGGACCUACACAUGCCUGAAGUUCCUCCUGUACACAGUCGCUCAUUGAAUGCAAAUGAGGCCUUCCAGAACUGCAACAAAUUAAGGAAUUGGGCUGAAAUUAUUUUUAGACUGCUGAGUCCAAGUGUGCAAUUUUCACGCUCAACCCGGGAAAAUGAAAACUGGAGCUUCUUUUGAUUCCCAAGUAGCCAUAAAUGCUGUGAAAACAAAAGUUGGCUGGAAUAUACGCCGACUCGCUGUGAUGUUUUGAACAUACUAUAUUAUAUUUGCUGUCACUUGCCAUUUUUGAUCAACGAGCGAUCUUUUCUGAAGCGUCACUUUGUUGACGUCUAUUUGGCCGUUUCAUGGCAGCAUGACUUUUCUUCUGGGCCGUAUGCGUCUCGAUGUUGGACGUGAGCUGUGCUCCACAUCCCGGACCAGAGGAACAGUUUGAGGUCACAAUGAAGGGAAUAGUUUGGAACUCCUGGGUCACAUGACGGGAUCAAAUAUCUAAUUGAUGAAGCCUUAUUGAUUCUGUGGUCACUAGUUUUCGCCAACGGGCAGUUGCUUCUGGAUCUCGUUGGAUGUGGAGUGUGGAGGCGUGGUGCAUGCUUCCUGAUGUUGGACCUUCACUUUGUGCAUCCUGCCUCUGCUCUGCUGAUGUAACUGUAUAAGGAGAAACACUGAGCUGUGCUUUAGGGCUCCUGCUCCGCAGCUGUGCUGAAAUGUGGAAGUCCAUUCGAAUCAAAGCUGCACUCGACUGGAUGAUGUGUGGUGAGCGCCAAUGCAGACUUAUAUUAGGCACUAGAAAUGAGAGAAAAGGUCACAUUUAGUGGCGGGAUCUUUUGUUGCCUUGUGUUUUAUACACGAUGAUGAGACUGAAUGCCCACAGUUACUCAACAUGUUGUGGUUUUCAUUGCCAUUAUUUUCAUAAUGCUUUGACUCAUCAACAGUUUAUUCCUUAAUCAUGUCUUUUUUUUUCCAACAUCCACAACACCAUCCAGCUCAGGCUGAGUUUGAGCUACAAUGAUAACAUGCAAAAAGGCUUCAGAGAGUUUCCCUUUUGAUGUCAAAGUUCAGCCAUAAAAACAACCCUUGGUUUCAUCGUGUUCAUGACAUAUAUUAGCUUCAAGAUGCAAGUACAGAAUAUACGUUGAGCAUUGACAGCUUGAGCCCCAUGAGGAGGCUCAGGCUCCAUCAGGUAACUUCUCUUUUGAGGAACACAAAUUGAAAAACAUUGUGGUUCAAGACUUCACAUGUUUCCAGUAAGCGUCCAUAUUAUCGUCUCAAAAGUUCAAAGAAAAUUUCACACCUGAAGUAGUCAAUUUUGUUAACUUAUUUAGUAAUUUAUAUCAUGCUUAUUUGAUUAAAUCUGGCCCUCAUGUUUCAUAUUGGAGUGCUGAUGACCGAUUCAUGGUUUAACCCAGUCGCACAUCAGCACUUUAAUGAGUUUGAGCUCCAUUAGUAAAACUAAAGUGUAUUUUGUCUCUUUCUGUCUCUUUCAGGAUAAAUGUGGUUCUAGAUUUGUAUUAUGUUAUUACGUCAUUAUAUUUGCAAAGUUGCCGUUAGUGGUUUUGUGUUGAUUGUUGUGUCUGACGCUGCAACACGUGAACAACAUCUUUGUUUGGUCAGAAAACGUGGUGGGCUGUUCGUCAGAAGCGCUUCUGUGUCCAUGGAGAGAAAACCUCUUGAUAUUUAUAAAUCUGAUGAACUUUGUUUGGUUGAUUUCAUUCUUUUGAUUUUCAAUAUAAAGUGUAUUUCAUUCUACACCGUGGAACAAAUGUGUGAAAGGUUUAAAUGAUCAUAGGUUUUAUUGAUGAUAGAGAAUAAAACAUGUUUUAUUACCACUA